UGCUCUUGAAGGAAUGGAAGCGCCAAGGAAAGUAGCAGUGGGAAGGUUCGGCCAGUUUUGUGAGGGGGGCGGCACAUGUAGCGUCAUUUUUGCCUAAUGCUUUUGAAAAUGCGUCUUUUCCCCCCAGUAACGAACCAGAAACGUAUUGAAUAAAGAGAUCGAGCUCAUAGGAGACGGCGAACAGCAGAACCACACGCAUCCUUGAUCCUUCGGUUUGGGAUUAAAAUUAUAGGCAAAUUAAAUUGCUUCACCGACAAGAUUUUAAGGCUACAUGACAGAACAAACCAAACGAUACUGUAUCAAUAUGUGUCGGGGGACAAUGAAUAGAACCGAAGAAUUCUGCAUCAAAGUGUUCCGAUAGGGCGCUGAACCGAGCCGCACCAUGAAGACCCAGAAGGCCGGGGCCCCAGGGGGCCCAACGCCAAGCUCUCCCUCCCCACACCAACGGAUGUCUGGUUUCAGCCUGCGGGGCCGGAAGAAGAAGGAGGGCCUUAUCCAAGGCAAGCUGCGGAUCCGCUCCAUGCCAGGAGCCUUCCUGGUGCUGGGGGUCAUUGUGGUGGUGGUGGGCACGGCCCUGGCAGUGGCUGGGUACUGGCCCUACCGGACCCACCGAUCAUCACAGCUCCUUGGACUUGGACAACAAGGCUCUGGUUCUGUGGACGGGGCAGCAGGAGGUGGAGGUGGGGGUGUCUCUGAGCCCCAGUCAUCCGGUUGGAGACUCCUGACCACGGCCAGUCUGAUCCACAGUGAGAGGAUGAAGCUCCUGGGACCGGUCAUCAUGGGCGUGGGGCUGUUCAUCCUCAUCUGUGCCAACACGGUGCUGUACGAGAACCGCGACAGGGAGACCCAGAUGCUGCUGGCCCAGAUGCGGAGCGUCAUCUGCUCGGUGUCGGCGGCCGUGCCCUCGGCCGACCUCUCAGACAUGGCAGCAGCCAACUCCAUGGCCAGACACUACCAGUGGGUGAGCAGUCUGCCCGCCGCCCACCUUAACAUCCUCUAUCUGCAGCAGCUGGCCAGCUCAGAGCCCCUGCUGCAGACGACCAGAGACAGCAGGGAGGAGGACAGGGCAGCUGACUGUACGUACCAGCAGGCCACCUUACAGACAGAGGCUCUACACCACCAGGAGUCAGCCUCCACCCCUUCCCUCCACUCCUCCCACUCCAACUCCUGCAACUCCAGCAAGACGGACUUCAACACGCGGUGGGGUGGUGGUGGUGAGCCAGGGGUAGGGGGCUCCAGCCCAGACUCCCAGCCCGCUCACCUCUUUAAACUCAACAACUGCCUGGUGUCAGCCAGCUCCAUGUCCACUCUGGGAGGGGAUGACUGGGAGAGGUCGGAGGUCACAGCCAUGCUGCCCAGGCGCUCCCACAGUCUUAGCUACAGGACUAACCCCGGCCCUCACAGGCCCCAGACUGUAAUAAGUCUACAGGAAGGGGUCAUGCGGCCCGGGGGACCCACAGAUAGUGCAGCCCAAGCCCAUGUGGAGGUGUGUGUGAACAUGGUUGGGUGUGGAGGUGGAGGUGUGGAGCCCCCUGAGCUCACACCCGUAGAGGAGCAGAGGCACCGCAGCUGGCCCCGGUUAGACCUGGGCUGUGCCCGCAGGUACCUGAAGCUGGACAAUAAGGAGGACUCGGUGGACAGGCUGCUAGACCAGUUGGAGCAGCAGUGUUCUCUGUGGGAUAAGAGUUUCGGCUCAGGGCCUUUCCAGUGAGAGCCAGUAAAGGCCCCAUAUCUCAAUAUGGCCCCAUAUCAGGGCCCUCUGUUUUUAAAAACCAGCUUAUAAAGAAAGAUCCUCAUGAUAUAUCGACUACCGGGAGUAGGAGCUUUUUCGGUUGGAUCAUAAUUGUGCUCUAUUUUCACUGACUCCUGAAGGAGGUUAUAACAGAAACCUUUCUAUGUGUCACUCUGAAUUCCUCUCACUUGGGAUACACAGUACAGUGUCGAGCAGCUUCCAAUCUAAAGAUACAAACCUUUAGAAACCCUGUUUCUCGGACUUUCCAUGGUGUGGAUAUAUAAACACAAGUGUUGGAGGACUGCAGAUGAAUUGGAUCAGUUUGGCAGACAUUCUGUUUUAAGAGGGGAACAAUACUCCACACUGUCAAAGAUGAGUUGGAGCAAUUUGCCAAUUUGUUUACUGGGUGGCAGUUAGGCUUGGCACUUGGCAGCAAUGUGCAGGAAUCAAUUUGUCUUUCGUUGCCAAAGCAUUACUUGUUUCCAGGACACAGCAAGCACAUCCGAAUGUGGGAGGUAGAAACCCAUUCUAAUGAGGGACUGUCUUCACUGUGUAAUCUAUUUAAAAACCAAACUACUCGAAUCCGGCGAGCCCCAGAUGUGCUACUGAUAACAGCUAGUAAAAUAAAACAUAUGUCCCAGAGACCAAAACAAGCGCAUGCUGAUAGAGAUGUCAUGUGUAAUCUACAGUAGUGGUCAAAAGUUUUGAGAAUUACACAAAUAUUAAUUUUCCCAAAGUCUGCUGCCUCAGUUUUUAUGAUGGCA